UAUGCUGUUGUCGUUUACAAGUGAAGGAACAAGUAUAUAUUGUGGACUGGUCAUAUUUACUGUCCUAGGAUUCAUGGCUACAAAGUUUGGACUGCCUAUUGACAAAAUAGUUAAAUCAGGACCAGGCAUAGGUUUUAUGGCGUAUCCGGAGGCACUAGCACAUCUACCAGGUCAGAAUGUUUGGUCAUGUCUCUUUUUCAUAAUGCUUUUAUCUGUUGGUUUGGAUAGUCAGUUUGCCAUUUGCGAAUCUGCUGUUGGUGUAUUGACGGAUAGCUUUCCGAGACUACGUAGACGGAGAAGCGCUAUAACAUUCCUGUUUUGUUUGUUGUGUUUUGUGCUUGGAAUUAUAUUCUGCUUCCAGGGAGGAAUAUAUAUUUUCCAACUGAUCGAUUGGUAUAUUGCUGCCUUUUCACGACCAAUCAUUGGUAUUUUGGAAUGCUUAAUAUUUGGAUGGAUAUAUGGGCUCGAGCGUCUAUCACAAGACCUUCACCUGAUGAUAGGUAAACGAAUACCUGCCUUUUUUAGAAUUUGUAUAGCAGUUGUUACUCCUGUAAUACUAUUGGUAUUAGUUAUAUCGACAUUUGCUGGAUAUAAAAGACCAGCGUAUGGGAGUUAUGUAUAUCCAGGAUAUGCAGCCGUUAUUGGAAUACUUAUAUCCGUAUCUCCUAUAGUACCUAUUAUAGUUUUCGCUAUCAUUGCCAUUCGGAAGGCAGAGGGAAGAUCUCUCUCAGAAAAAUUGCGUUCUUCUCUGAAGCCCACCGUGUUAUGGAGCCCUGUGCGUACAGAAGAACAAAACAAUUCGACAGAUUCACUGGGUGAAGGCUUGAGUGUUUCUGAAAAAAUUAAACUCAAUUUAUUGGGCCCAAAAUAAAAGAGCCAUGAAACAAUUAAAACUGAAGAGCUUUGAAACAAACACUUUGCUCAAUGAAUAAAGUUUUCACAGUUGUCGUAUGCAUUGAUCAUUCACCAGUAUCGUAUAUCGAACAAUGAAAGGAGCUGAAAAAUAUUUGAAUACGUUUGAUAUUCUGUAAUGGAUAUUUAAAGUGAUAUCGCUAAUCAUGAAUCGAUACUUUAUAUGAAAAUAUAUCAAUCGUGGACUCAAACGUCAACACUGAAAUGAUGUGUGAUAAACAAAUUUACAGGAGUUCAAGGGGAAAAUUUAAAAGAUUAAAACAAGACAAACAGAAUGCUAAGUUUGAUACAAAAUCAGAUGAGAUCAAAUGCUUUAUUUAUUGUUUCAUAAACUUUCGGACUUUUGAAAAUAUCUGUCUGAAACUGUUUUAUGUGAAUUCGUUUUUUUAAAUAUAAUAACGCUUUAUAAAGUGCUUCCUAAACGAU